AAACCCGGCCAAUACAGAUCCUAAAAGCCGGACGAUGGCAAAAAACGGUCGAAAGUCUACCGUCUGCUUAGAAACGUCUAUUAGGUCGUGAGCUAGAUAUAAUGGCCUGGUCCCUUCCCCAUACGCGUAGCACACCUACACGAUUACACGACCUUGUCGUCGCCCUGACCUUUCGCCAUACAACUCAUCUACUUCUCAUCUACUCUACGUGGAUCACCAUACAGGAUCAUCAAAUUUUCUCAAGUUUCAAGAAAGAAUGGUUGAUGGGCAAUAAGUCCCAAUCAUGGACUGGCAUAACAAAUCAAUACCGCUGUUCGCGGUAACAAUCGCCAUGAUCAUACUACCACUUGUUGUCGUUCCGAUACGCUGCUACGUCCGAUACACACGGCGUGCCUUCAAGAUCGAUGACUGGCUUAUCAUCGUGGCUUUGGUUCUGCAUCUCGGAGCUUGUGCUGUCACGUUAUGGGGAUUUGUGUAUGGCCUUGGUAUGCCUGACAAGGUCCUCACGCCAGAAAAUAUGACCAAGGGUGUCCAGACAUUUGCAAUGUACAAGCCAAUUUACACGCUCUCGACAUGCUUAAUCAAGUGCAGUGUAUGCUAUACAUUCCUCCGCCUCUCGACAUCACCGAAGAUUCGUCGUGCACUCCACUGGAUCCUGAUCAUUGUCAGUUGCUCUUCGCUGGUCAUGUUCAUCGGAUCUUUUGUCUAUUGUGUGCCUUAUCAAGCCAUCUGGUUACAUUGGCAUCAUCCUCACACGCCUGGUUACUGUUUACCUGGAGCUGUUGUAUUGACUGUUGGCUACGCUUUUGCUUGCAUUACAAUCAUUACAGAUUUUGCAUGUGCGAUUAUUCCUGGAAUCAUUCUUUGGCAGACAGUCAUGAGCACGAGGAAUAUGUGUAUGGCAUGGGUCAUUCUAGGUCUGGGUGUUUUGGCAGCAGCGAUGACUAUAUGCCGUCUGCCAUAUAUUGCCUACUGGACACAUGAUACCAACCAAAGCUAUGGUCUAGGACGAAUCCUCCUUUUCGAGCUCCUCGAGUGUGGUCUGGGAAUUUUCGCCUCCUGCGCCCCAGCACUAAAACCCUGGCUUUCGGCCUCCCUGACCUCAUUCACAUCAACAAAAUCAACAUCAAGACCUUGAAAAAGCAGUGCAAGGGUUGCAAACCUCUUCUCGCCCCACUUCAUCUUCCACAGCAUCUCCACCUGUCCCUCGUAUGGAUCUUGUGAUCCCUGACAUCGAAGACACAAUCAUGGAUACCGUCAUGGAUGGACAAGAUAAGGGAUGGGAUAAUUUCGAGUCGCCGGGAAGUCGACGAAGCGACGUGCCUGUUAUAAUGAUCUCGAGGGUCAGGGCUGAGAGCGGGGACUAUACCAGUACUUGGGAUGUUGCCAAAGAGGAAAGCAGCAGUGGUGAAUCUCACGCUUGAGAUGAAUACCUAAUGUGAUUAUGACUUUCCUUUCUCUGUUUGCAUUGCAUGCAAUAGCUAUAUAUUCUAUUCUUUUACUUCAGGGUUUCUAAUUUAUGGCCGCCACUGGUAUGGCAUAGAACUUCGCCAUGCUAUCCGCUCAAUUAGUUCGCAAAGAA